AUGUUACCCAUGGAUCAGUUUCAGAUUAUCUGCCACGUUGUACUAUUCUGUUUUGCUGCAAUUGGUAAUGUUGGAAUGUUUCUCAUUAUUUAUCGUAAUUUACGCACAAAUCAUACACAUCGAGUGAUAAUCUUAUUGUUACAUAUGAAUAUCGCUGAUUUGAUUGUAACAUUUGAAUAUUUACCUAAACAAAUUAUACAUUCCAUCACAAAGUAUUGGUAUGGUGGCAAUAUAUUAUGCAAAACGACCCGAUUUUUCGACAUUUUCGGUGUGUCACUAUCAUCGGCAGUUGUCGUUUGUAUGUGUAUCGAUCGUUGGCUUUCUGUUUGUAAGCCUUUUUCAGUGAUCAAUGGUAUUAAACGAAAUAAAAUUAUGCUAAUUUUUGCAUGGAUUAGCGCCUUUAUUGAUAGUUUACCUCAGAUUGGCAUAUUUACGGUAGCGUCACAUCCCUGCAACGAACUAUUAACGCAAUGUGUAGCUCGAGACUACGUUGGCCUUCUCGAUUCACGCUACGUUUUAAUUUACACUAUAUUUACCGCCUUAUACAUUUAUUUCAUACCAUUAUGUGUUAUUAUUUAUUGCUACAGUCAAAUACAUUACAGGCUGAAAAUACGAUAUAGACUGGAAAGAAAAGGAAACAAUAUUGGUGGAAUGAUAAUGAGUAAACCACAUAUACCAAAAUUUCGAAAAGCAAAAAUAAAAAUAGUACGGAUGACAUGGAGUAUAGUUUUCUUCUUUUUACUUUGUUGGACACCGUAUUAUGCAGCUGCUACAUUGCAUUUCAUUGAUAUCGAUUAUAAGACCGGUCGAUCGCGAAAGAAUAUUACAAUACCAUCAAUGUUAUCAAAAAUUUUGUAUAUGUUUGCAACAAUAAAUAGCUCAUUCAACGCCUACGUUUAUGGAUAUUUCACCUUUAACCUAAGAGAUGAAUUGCGAAGUUUAAAGAUAUUUCUAACAGCGAAAUUCAAAAAUGGUAGCAGCAGUGAAUCACAAAAACAAUCACAAAUAAAUUAA